GUCAGGUGUCGCUAGACGGGCAGCCAUCUUGUGUCAUUGUCCUCCAUGUGUUUGAAAGGCUGUUGAACUCAACUCUCCAUGCUAACAUGGAGGCCUUGCAGUGAAUGCGUUAAGUUUGUCUAAAUGGCGUUCCCGUACAUAUUCCUCCGCGAAUCCACUUCGGAACGCGCUUUGCUACAUCUUGCUGAAUUAGUGCCGAACCUGAAACCCCGAAGCCUUGGCACAGUACGCCAGGACUACUUUACUGGACUAAAACCUUAAUUGUUAAAACGUCGUGUUAAACUCUUCUAGUCGGUGCACGUUGACGCUUCGCGUGUUGUCCUAGCUAAGCUUAGCUUGCUAGCUGCUAACAAAGAGACGCGUUUGACAUCGACACAUCGUUCAACAGAGAUCAAGUGUGAGCGUAAAGUGUUGUGAUUGUCGUGGGAAAAUGUGUGCAAGAAGGACAGCGGAGUACGAGGGGGAACUUUGUGGAACAAAAGAGGAGAACCAGCGACAAAGUCAACUACUGGAUGCUGUUAGGUUACACCCAGCAGAUGUUAGUGAAGAUCUUCGUCCUCAGCGGCUGGAGCCAGCAUCCCCUCACAUUAAGGAGGAAGUGGACGAUGAAGAGCUCCCCCAAAUUAAAGAGGAGGAGGAGCUGGAGUUCCUUUACGAUAAAGAGAAGGAAGAGCGUCCUAAAAUGAAAGAGGACAAGUCAGAGCACCCUCACGAUGAAGAGCAGCCAAAGACCCCCUACAUAAAAGAGGAGGAAGAGCCCUCAAACAUUAAAAAGGAGGAGUAUAUCGCCAAGUUUGCAUCGACUGGUGUCCCUUUGAAGAGUGAAGAUGAAGGUCAUCGUGAGGAGAACAGAGGGGCGGAGCUGCCAAGCAGCAGCUCAAGUCAACACAUGACAACAAAAGGUGAAGACCACUGCGGAGGAUCACAAGCAGACGGGCUCUUAGCUCCGCUAUCAGAUAGUGACGGCACAAUGUCACACUCUCCUGACACUGAUGAUGAUGUACAGUCUGAAUGUGAUAUGACAUGUCACACUGACAAAAAACACUGGAAAUGUUCUAAUUGUGGGAAAACGUUUGUCAACAAGUCUCUUUUGAAAAGUCAUUUGAUGAUCCACACUGCACAGAACAUUUUUGUAUGCUCAGAUUGUGGUCAAACGUUCUCUGAAAACAGAUGUUUAAGAAGACACACAAGAACGCACACUGGAGCUAAACCUUUUGCCUGCUCAGUUUGUGGUCAAACAUUCUCUGAAAACAGAUAUUUAAAAACACAUGCAAGAACACACACUGGUGAAAAACCUUAUACCUGCUCAGUUUGUGGUAAAAGAUUCACUGAGAAGGGACAUUUGACAACUCACAGUGGAACGCACAGUGGAGCGAGACCUUUAGCUUGCUCAGUUUGCGGUCAAACAUUCACUCAGAAGGGACAUUUAAAAACACACACAAGAACACAUUCUGGUGAAAAACCUUUUGCCUGCUCAGUUUGUGGUCAAACAUUCUCUGAAAACAGAUAUUUAAGAAUACAUACAAGAACACACACUGGUGAGAAACCUUAUGCAUGCUCGGUUUGUGGCCAAAGAUUCACUCAGAAGGGACAUUUGACAACACACAGACUAACACACACUGGAGAGAAACCUUUAGCCUGCUCGGUUUGUGGUCAAAGAUUCACUCAGAAGGGACAUUUAAAAACACACACAAGAACACAUACUGGUGAGAAACCUUUUUCCUGUUCAGUCUGUGGUCAAACAUUCUCACUUAAGGGACACUUAAAAAGUCACACAACAAUACACACUGGUGAGAAACCGUUUGCCUGCUCAGUUUGUGGUCAAAGCUUCUCUGUUAAUGGAAGCUUAACAAGACAUGCAAAAACGCACACUGUAGAAAAACCUUUUGCCUGCUCUGUUUGUGGCCAAAGAUAUACUCUUAAAGAAAGCUUGAAAAGACACACAAGAACACACACUGGAGAGAAUUGUUUUGUCUGCUCAUUUUGUGGUAAAAAAUUCACCCAGAGGGGAAAUUUGACAAGACAUAUAAGAAAACACACUGGUGAAUAACAACUUCCCUGCCAAGUUUGUGGUCAAACAUUCUAUUAAAAGGCAACUUUUAGAAAACACAAGAACACACACACUGGAGAAAAACCUUUUGCCUGCUAAGAUUGUGGCAAAAGAUUCUCUCCAAGAUUCUCACAAGAACUGACACUGGUGAGAUAGCUUUUUCCUGCUCUGUUUGUGGGCAGAGAUUCUAUCAUCAAGGUAUGGUUAAGGGAUACAAGCGUGCUGGUCAAAAUAGCAGUGAUCUGUGAAGUAUUAAAUGUAAUUGUAAAUGUUUAAAUGGAAGGGUAUUGUCUUGGAAGACGUUUCGCCUCUCACCUAAGCAAGAUGGCAAGACGCACCUAAGGCUCGACAGGAAAGCUCUCACCUCUGGUUAGAGCUAUUCUAUUUUGCCUAGGUGAAUGUGCACCGUCCACUAGGACAAACAGAACGGUCCACUUCGGAUUGAUUCGAUGUCUAGAAAAUGCAAUGACUAGGAUGAAUGAGAACAUUCACAGGCAUAGAUGUUUAAUCUUCAAACUAAUGACUGUGACAAUGACUUUCAAAAUUUUUGUUUUAUUUACCUUCUUGUAGUUUGUCAAGCUUCUUGUAGUCAAUGUACCACCUCCUGUAAAGCCUCGUGUAGACAAGUGAUAAGAAUUAACACCAGUGCUAAAUACAUUUGCUUCGGCCAAUGUUUUUGUGUUAUGUCCACAUCAAAUGACCGAAAUGUUUGUGAAUGACUGAGACUAAACUUUACAUAUAACAUAUACAGGUAAAAACAAAAGUGAGUGCAACGAAAUAAAGGGCUGAAAGUGAA